UCGUGAAAAAUCUGAAUCCUUUCUCUUCUCUGGAAUAUCAUAAGUGCGCGGUUUUGUUGAUUGAAAUGUUUUAUAUUCUCAUCGCCGGAUCAAUUUGACGUUCGAUUGCAUUUCUCGGUAUAAUAAUUUUGUGUUAUAGCGGCGAAGAAACAAAUCAUGAAGACGAUGGCGGAUGGGAUACAGGAUCUAAUCCGGGAAGCGAAGCUUCGAACGGUGUGGUGGAUUCUCUGUAUUUUCACCGUGACUUAUUUCUUGACGCAUACGAGUAAAUCCAUGGUAAUGAAUAUUCCAGUUGCUAUUCUCCUUGUUGCUGGAAUGAGGAUACUAUUUAAUGAGGUGGACUUCCAGUGGAAGGUUCGAAAUGUCCGAGCAACAUCUUACUUGUCACACUUAGAAAAGAAGCAGCUAUCUGCAAAUGACUCGCGGCUUUCUACCAAGCCGCCCUCGCCACAAGAGUGGAAGAGAAAGAUAGACUCCCCUGUUGUUGAAGCUGCUCUUGAGGAAUUCGUAAACAAGGCUCUGACUGAGUUUGUCAUAGAUUUGUGGUAUUCAGAUAUCACACCUGACAAGGAGGCGCCAGAGCUCAUACAUGCUAUAAUCAUGGAAGUUUUUGGUGAUAUAGCUGGAAGACUCAAAGAAGUGAACCUUGUAGAGCUGCUAACAAGGGAUAUAGUAGAUCUGAUUGGGGAUCAUAUUGAUCUCUUCAGAAGAAAUCAGAUUGUAAUUGGAAGGGAUGUCAUGAACACAUUAUCUUCUGAGGAACGGGACGAAAAGUUGAAACGGCAUCUCAUGGCCUCCAAAGAGCUUCACCCUGCUUUGAUAUCUUCAGAGUGUGAGUACAAGGUAAUUCAGCAGCUCAUGGGUGGGCUUUUAGCUGUUGUGUUAAGACCAACUGAAGCCCGAUGCCCAUUAAUUCGAUGUAUUGCUCGUGAACUGUUAACUUGCUUGAUAAUACAACCUCUUGUGAAUUUCGCCAAUCCCCUAUACCAAAAGUGCUUCCAUCCAAAACUGCAGCCUAUAAUUACUAAUGUUAGAGAUCUUACUCCAGAUGGCCAGAGGGGUUCAGCUAAGGCAUCAUACAAUGAAUAUGUUCCAAAACUCAGAUGUAGGGUUAUUGGAGCAUACUUCGAGAAACUUGGAUCAACUUCUUUUGCAGUUUACUCGAUUGCUGUGACAGGUGCUAACAAUAUCACUUGGUUUGUGAAAAGAAGAUACCGAAAUUUUGAGAGAUUGCAUAGGCAUCUUAGGGACAUUCCUAAUUAUACAUUGCAAUUGCCUCCAAAAAGGAUAUUCUCUUCUAGCACGGAAGAUUCGUUUGUUCACCAGCGUUGUAUCCAGCUUGACAAGUAUCUCCAAGAUCUCUUGUCAAUUCCCAAUGUUUCAGAGCAACAUGAAGUAUGGGAUUUUCUAAGUUCCUCAUCUAAGAAAUACUCAUUCGGGAAAUCGACUUCAGUGAUAACAACGCUGGCAGUUAAUGUGGAUGGUGCUAUGGACGACGUUUCACGCCAGUUCAAAGGGGUGUCUGAUGGCCUAAUGAAGAUAGUGGCUAAGUCACCGUCAGCUACUUCUGAACCGCCAUCUUCAUUUGCAACCAAAACUGUGGCCUGGCAUUCUGAUGAUGUGAAUAAGCUUUUUAUGAAGUCAAAUACUGAUACAAAUAACAGUUUUUCUGAUAAUGAGGAAGGUGAUAAAGAUAUAAUCCAUGGGCAACACGAAGCAGAAAACUCUUCCCAUGUGAAUGGAGGGCAGUUCGACGGUGAACUGAAAGAGGAUCCGACCGGGGUGCCUCCAGAGUGGACACCACCAAACUUAAGUGUUCCAGUUCUAAAUUUAGUUGACAAUGUCUUCCAGCUCAAAAGAAGAGGCUGGCUAAGGAGGCAGGUUUUUUGGAUAUCAAAGCAAAUUUUGCAGUUGAUCAUGGAGGAUGCCAUUGAUGACUGGCUUUUGAGGCAAAUCCAAUGGCUCCGAAAAGAGGAGGUCAUCUCACAAGGGAUCCGGUUGCUCCAGGACCUUCUGUGGCCCGGUGGAAAAUUCUUUCUGACGUUCCGUAUUCAAUCAAAACUUAACAAUGACAAUAAGGGAUCACAAACUACAAGUCAGCAAGGUGGGAGGAAUGUCGCUCAGCCUCCAACUUUCGAGCAACAGCUUGAGGCAGCUCGCAGAGCUAGUGAUGUGAAGAAGAUCAUCUUCGAUGGCGCUCCGGCUGCCUUGGUCAGCUUGAUCGGGCGUAAGCAGUACAAACGUUGUGCUCGUGAUAUAUACUAUUUCAUUCAGUCUACAAUAUGUUUGAAGCAACUUGGGUAUGCAAUUCUGGAGCUUGUUCUGAUAACAAUAUUUCCAGAAAUGCGUGAGCUGGUGAGAGAUAUCCAUGAAAAGAUGCAUAUGCAGCACUCACAGUUUUGAACUUUGUUAGUAUAUGUCAAGAAUUAGUGUAGUACUCGAUUUAACUUAAUUUUUUUACGUGUUUCUGCAAUCCUGUUACGAUCUUAUUUUCAUACACAAAUUGUAUUUAAAUCACUUGGAAGAUAUUUUAUAAUUAUCAUUAUUAUUUAUUCU